AUGAUAUAAAUUGUGUUGAAUAUUUACCAAUUGCUGAUAUUACUGGUCUUCUUCAAAAGGUCCGAGCAGCUAUUUUUUUAUCAUUAGAUGAAUUGUGGUUAAUUCCAACAGAUUUGGUUCAAAUUGCAACAGUUCUUGAUCCGCGAUUUAAAAAUUUUCAAUGGAAUGAAA